AUGGAGGAAGAUUUGUUCUUCUUCUGUUUGAGACUGCCCAGCUGGAGAAGACCAAAGGGUAUUGAUUCUCGUGUUAGGAGAAAGUUCAAGGGACGUGUUCUCAUGCCCAAUAUUGGUUAUGGGUCAGACAAGAAGACUCGCCAUUAUCUUCCCAAUCAUUUCAAGAAGUUCGUUGUGAGCAACGUCAAAGAGCUUGAACUGCUGAUGAUGCACAACAGGACAAUGUUUCCACAAGGAAGAGGAAAGAAAUUGUUGAGAGAGCUUAAGCUAGAAAUGAAACUAAUCAUCCUAUUUAGAAUACUGUGCUGUACAUACAGGAAGAGAAACUUCCAGUUGUCAGCAAUUUCAGUGGAAGAAGAGAAGAAGCAUAAGAUUUUGAUGAAAUCACCUUGGGAAAUACUUCAAUUGCCUGUUGGAUCUGGCGGAGUUUUCAGUUUGCUUUCAUCAAACAAUGUUCCAGAGAAUCUCAGUGAAAUGGGCGUGGAGUAUAUUGAGGUUUGCAGCACCAAUCCUGGACACUUAGGUGCGAACUCACUACUUCUUGGUUUUGGUAACUUGUGGAAAUCUGACGUCGGGAUCCAAAUCUUCAAAGGCAGAAAGGACUACGAGGAAAGUUUUGACUUUAUAUUCUCAACAAACUUGAUGACGAAGUUGACGAAACAAAUUGAUAAACUCCAGUUCUAUGCAACUCCGAAGCAAAAUUCGCAUGUUGAGAUGGCGGGAAAAGAAUGGGUGGACGUGACCCCCAGCUCUCCUAACUCUUAUGAGUUCGGUUGUUCGAUUUACAGCGCUUUAAAGGCCUGUCCUUCCAACAAGCUUUGUAUAAUGGAGGUUACAGAGUAAACCCACAACAAAGUGACUCUAAAUUUUGUAAUUUUGUGUACCCAAAAUAUAUGAAAACAGAUGUGUAUACGAGUCAUUUGCUGUAUACAUGGAUAAAUAUAUGUUAUUGUUGGA